CCUAGAAGUGCCUUAAUAUUAUAGAAGGGAAAAAGACAAUGAUUGGAGGUCCCAAAGUCCUACCCCGCCCCCUCGCGAAUCUUCACGCGACUCUUAAGCCAUUAUCACACUUCUACGUUAAUCGUCGCGGAAAAAACUCUCAUAGACGCCUCUUUUCAACUUAUCAAAACAGACAAGUUAGACUUGCAUCUACAAUGGCGAAGCCGAUUCGUGUUUGGGUGUCUCCUCCUGGUUCGAACUCUUGGAAGGUUAUCUUCAUCCUAGAGGAGCUAGGAAUCCCCUAUGAGACCGUUUCGCUCCGCUUUGAAAACAUCAAGAAGAAACCAUAUACAGACAUUAAUCCAAACGGUCGUGUUCCGGCUAUCGAGGAUCCAAACACCGACAUCACAGUGUGGGAAACGGGUGCUAUCAUCCAAUAUCUCAUCACGAAAUAUGACACCGAACACCGUCUAAGCUACGAUACCUUCAAAGAACAAACUCACUGUAACCAGUGGCUCAUGUUCCAGGUCAGCGGCCAGGGCCCAUAUUACGGACAAUGCACUUGGUUCACUUAUCUUCAUAAAGAAAAGAUUCCAUCUGCGAUUGAGCGCUACGCAAAUGAGGUCAGGAGAGUCCUCGGCGUGCUCGAGGGCGUACUUGCUGCCAAACCAGAGCCGCGAUGGCUAGUUGGCGACCGCAUGACAUUUGCGGAUAUGGCAUUCGUUCCCUGGAACAACCGUCUGGAGACGAUCCUGAGCGUUCCGGAAGAGAAUAAAUGGGACGGGUUCCCCAAUGUCAAGGCUUGGCACGAGAGCAUGAAUAGCAGACCGUCGUGGAAAAGAGCUAUGGAUCUGCGUACGCGCCUCAUGGACGAGCAAGGUCUCGAUUGGAAUGGCAUGCCUAAGGGCACGAAGAGCUUUGAUGAGUACCAGAAGAGUCUUAAGGAAAAGGAUGAUGCAGCGGAGAAGGCGUGAGCUGAUAUGAUAGUGUUUGAGACAAGUUCUAAACUAAGAAGCUGUUGAUAUGAUCUACAUAGGUAAUGAACCAGAGAUAGGUUAACAUUAUGAACAUUGCUGUA